UAUACUUCCAAAAACUACAGCUGUAUAGCAAGAAGAAGCGAGUGGAAAAUGUUAGCAACUGCAGUACAAAUGUGAAAAGAUCAAUUUCUAAUAACAUGGCGACUCAAUUUGGUUUUUCUGUACGUGAAUUAUUUAAAUUAAAUCGUGUUAGUGAAGAAGGCAUUGACGCUAUCAAAACAUGGCAAAGUGGAACAAAAGACCCCAAGCUGUCUGAUCAGCAGAUAGCACUAUUUUUAAUCGCUUGCAAUGGAAACCACGAAUUCGCAAUGAAGACGAUCCAAGCUUAUAUUAAAGUGAAGACUGGCACCCCUAAGCUGUUCAAAGGGUGGAAUAUCAGCAACGAAAAUUUACAGAAGAUUUUAUCGGUCGUAAACAUGGCCGUGCUGCCUAAGCGGUAUUCAAAUUCCGCAAUUAUCACUACACACUUUAAGGAUACAGACCCCAUGAAUUUCGAUUUUAAUAGUUUCUGUCAGUUGUGUUGUAUGACGGUUGAAGGUAUACUUAUCGACGAUCACCCACCGGAUGACGUAAUACUGAUAAUAGACUUAAAGGGGGUAACAGCCAUUCAUCUAAUGGGAAUCGAAAUGAAGCUACUCGGUGCUUUUUUGGAAUACGGACAGGAUUGCAUGCCCUUGCGAAUCCAAACCAUACACGUAUUAAAUGCCAAUUACCUUACGUAUGCUGGUUACAAGAUGUUUCAGUUGUUUGCUACUUCGGAUGAACCGUCAAAGGUGCAGUUUUAUCAAGAUGGAGAGAGUUUGGACAAGUUCCACGAGGCACACGUGCCAAAAAAAUACUUACCGCGAGAUUACGGCGGAGAUUUAGAGUCUUCGGGCGAAUAUCACGAACAAAACGUUCAAAAAUUGUCACGAAUGCAGUAUCACCUUGACGCUCUUGACCAACAAUUUUUUCCAUCAGGCACGUAUUAGCGUAAUUGUGAUUCUAUUUUUACUGUACGGUCAUUACCGUUCGUUUUUCAAAUAAACCAUUGAAAACUGUU